AUGAUCACCGGUGAGGACUUCUACCAAGUGUUAUCAGCGGUCGUACCCCUUUACGCAGCCAUGGCAUUAGCCUACGCCUCCGUCCGUUGGUGGAAGAUCUUCACGCCAGAGCAGUGCGCCGGCGUCAACCGUUUCGUGGCCAUCAUCGCCGUACCAUUUCUUUCAUUCAAGCUCAUCAUCCACAACAACCCGUACGAGAUGAACUUUGAUCUUAUCUUAGCGGACACCCUCCAAAAGAUUGUCAUUUUCUUAGCUCUGGUAGCGUGGAAAAUGCUUAGCAAACACGGCAGCCUUGACUGGACCAUAACACUCAACUCCCUCGCCACUCUGCCCAACACUCUGGUUAUGGGAGUCCCUCUUAUGAAAGCAAUGUACGGUGAUUUUUCCGCAAGCUUAAUGGUUCAGAUCGUCGUUUUCCAGGGAGUUUUAUGGAACACUCUUCUGCUGGUGAUGUUCGAGUACAGGGCAGCUAAGAUUUUCAUCGGCGAAAAUUUCCCAGCCACGGCUGGUUCCAUUGCUUCUUUUACGGCCGAGCCCGAUGUUGUGUCGUUGGCCGGUGGUGGUGGUGACUCGUUGCACGCCGAGGCUGAGAUUGACACCAGUGGGAGGCUUCAUGUGAAGGUGAGGAGAUCGUCGUCGUUAUCUGCUUCGUCUGUGUUGUCGUUUAGAAAAAUCCAUGGAAUGGGUUCUGCCAAGUCCGAGGCUUCGAACGGCCUAAGUGGGGUUGAGAUAUAUUCGACGAGAUCUUCUUUUGAUCAAAGCUUUAAUCAAGCAGAUUUUGGUAGAGAGAUUCUUAGAACAGGAAGUCGUAGUGAUGCCAUUCAACUUCACAUGUCUGUUUGGAACUCAAGUGCAGCAUCAAGUUACAAUAAUAAUCGAUCAUUCUCAGCUACAGAUCUCCCUGGAAACAAACUUGAAUCUUUGGAUGAUAUCAGAGGAUUUGGAGCAUCUUCUUUACAUGAUUAUGGGUCAAAACAUGAUAUUGGAUUUGAAGAAGAAGAAAAAGGAGAAGAGAAAAAGAAGACGGAGAUGCCUCCUGCAAGUGUGGUGACAAAGCUCAUACUUACCAUGGUUUGGAGGAAAUUCGUAAGGAACCCAAACACCUACUCUAGUAUUGUUGGCCUUGUGUGGUCUCUAAUAGCAUUCAGGGUUCACAUCAAAAUGCCAAUAAUUAUUGAAGGGAUCAUCACCAUAUUAGCAAACACAGGCCUGGGAAUGGCAAUGUUCAGUCUAGGUCUAUUUAUGGCUUUACAACCAAAGAUAAUAUCUUGUGGAAAAUCUCUUGCUGCAAUUUCAAUGGCUGUAAGGUUUCUGGUUGGGCCAGGAGUAAUGGCUGCAACCUCUGCUGCUAUUGGUAUUAGGGGGAUUCUUCUUCAGGUUUCAAUUGUUCAGGCUGCUCUUCCUCAAGCAAUAAUUUCCUUUGUGUUUGGGAAAGAAUAUAAUUUACAUCCGGAGAUAAUGAGCACUUCGGUUAUUAUUGGGAUGGUGGUUGCCUUGCCUGUAACCAUAAUCUAUUAUGUGCUUCUGGGCCUUUGA